AUGUCGACCAACUCACUCCGAGGCCUCAUGUCGAGCUACUCGCCUUUGUCCGACCGCGGCUCGACCACCGAUGACGAGAAGGAAUCGCAUAUGCGUCUGCAGUCCGAUGUCGAGAACGGAGACAAACAAGGCCGACGGGAUGAGAAGAAGCCCGGUCGUUUUAUUGACGGUCGCACCGUGUCCGAUGCCAUUAUCGGUCUGUCGGACGGCAUGACUGUGCCGUUUGCCCUCACGGCCGGCCUGUCUGCUCUUGGUGAUACCAAGGUGGUUGUCUUUGGUGGUAUGGCCGAGCUCAUUGCAGGUGCCAUCUCAAUGGGACUGGGUGGAUAUCUCGGAGCCAAGAGUGAAGAGGAAUCCUACAAGGCUACGCUGAGGGAGACGGAAACACAAACGGUGACCGACCCGGCCUCCGUCUCAACCACCAUCAGCGACAUCUUCGAGCCGUAUGAAUUGCCUUCGGAACUGGUGGCCCAGCUCACCAACCACCUCGCUGUUUCACCCAUGCUCCCUUCCUUCCUGAUGAACUUCCACCAUACCCUCCCUGAGCCCUCGGGAUCUCGAGCAGUCACUUGCGCGCUCACCAUUGCCUUGGGCUACUUCAUCGGUGGAUUCGUUCCUCUUCUGCCCUACUUCUUCGUUGGUCCCCACGAUGCUUUCGUCGCGCUGCGCUGGUCCAUCGCGACAAUGAUCAUCGCCUUGUUCAUAUUCGGAUACGGCAAGACUUGCUUCGUGACCGGCUGGAAGGGCCGGAAGAACGUCCGCAAGGGCUUCGUUGGUGGGUUGCAAAUGGUCCUUGUCGGAGGCAUUGCCGCUGGAUCGGCGAUGGGAUUGGUCAAGGCUUUCCAGAUGAUGGCUCAUUCAGAUCAUCCCAAGCACGAAUAA